AUGGAAGAUUUUAAAGAUCUAACAGAAAGUUUUAUUCAAGACAUGAUUGUGAAUUGUGGCUCUCAUAUUCCAAUUUCUUAUGUAUAUAGUUAUAUAAAAUCGAAAAAGAGUGAUAUUUCUUUUCAAAAUUAUUAUUUAAAAGAGUUGAUUAAGAAGAGGACAAGAACAAGAUUUUCCUACAAGGAUUACGGAAUUAUAUUCUGCUUGCUGUGUAAUGGAGCACAACCUUUUUCAACAUGUGAAUUAGACGACGAAAUAACAAUUUAUGAGAGAGUUCUACAGAUCAAUGAUGUAUAUUUGAUUGAACUAUUCAAAUGUUUCAUUAAUCCUCAAGACGUUCCAUGUGAGAAGUCUCUGAAAUUAAUUUUAAAUAAUUUCGUUGAUGAUGAAGAUUCCUUUUUGCGUCGACACACACCCUUGCACAUGGCAGCCACAUUGCCAAAUGCGAACGUAACAAUCACUCUUUUGAACAAGAAAUUAUGUUGUGAGGAGAAAACCACAAACGAGGAAACACCGAUAUUCUUUGCUGUGAAAAACAACCAGAUGGAACAAGUGAAAACCCUUCUGAAAUACGGAGCCAACCUCAGAGCGAGGGACAUAAACAGCAAUACAGUACUUCAUGCAUUAUGUUCUGAAGAAGGAGAGAUUAAUAUCGAACUGUUAGAAUUUUUAUUAAAUGUCGGUUGUGACCCGAAUUCAUUUGGCAAAAAUUCGUGUACCCCUUUACAGAUGCUUGCUGAAAAUGGAAGAAUAAAUAAUGCAUUGGAGUGUGCCGAAUUACUGAUCAGAAGAGGAGCUGAUGUCAAUUUGCAAAACCUUCACGGCGACACAGUUCUGCAUAUAUUAUCCUACUCUUGUGACGAAUCCCAGUUCAUUCUCUUUCUCGAAUUACUGUUGAAGAACACUCAGUAA